GACUCUCAUCAGCAGCACAGUAACCAUCUACUUGCCACUGGUGACGGUCCUCAAGCGUCCAUACACAAGUCCGGAGGGGACAUAUUCUACUCCACGAUGUAGGACUAUUUAUCGGCCUGCAAAAAUGUCCAACUGUAAGCCAUCUUCCUAGACUUCAUCUUGGAGCCAGCAGCAGAGCGAUAGUGGUGGUCCACACCCAUGUCACUCCCUCCCAGUCGGAAGCCCUCUGCAGGUCAGCGCAGGCGGUCAGUGGCUACUAGCAGUGGGCGCCAUUCCCAUAGCAAUGCCUCCAAUACCAACACUUACCCCACCAACACUUAUCCUGGCAGGGCUAGUGAGGGCAGUCCUACAGCCCGGACAUACCCUGGCACACCCAGGUGUCAGACGAAGCACACCACCUGCAGUGAUAACCAUGGGAUCCGUCCCCCCACACCAGAGCAGUACCUCACACCCCUGCAGCAGAAGGAGGUGUGUAUCAGACACCUGCGAGCCAGGCUAAGGGAGAAUGUUGAGAUACUGCAGCACAGGGACAGUGAGAUAACUGAGAUGAGGACCCAGCUGUGUCGCAUGCAAGAGGACUGGAUAGAGGAGGAGUGUCAUCGUGUGGAGGCCCAGCUUGCUCUAAAGGAGGCGCGCAGGGAGAUCCAGCACCUCCAUGAGGUUGUGGAGACAGUACGAUCAAAUCUCGGCACCCCAGAAAAAUCCCCCCACAACCAAAAGCCAUACCUUUCACCGCAUGGACCCAGACCAGUCAAGUCCCGCUCAUGUGGUUGCUCCCCAGCCAGCACCCUGAACCGCAGCACCACCUACACCCGGCUGAGCAGUGAGGGCCUGCAUCUGGACCGCAACGGAAACGUCCCAGGGCCUGACCUGCGUGCAGCGGCACGGGCAGAAGGGGGACGGACCCACCUGCUCCUGGAAGCAGCCCUUCUGUCGGAACAAAACCCAGUCGGCUCCGCCCGUGGCCCCUUCUUCUCCACCAUGCCACACUCCUCCACCUACGAGAGACUGUACAGCGGGGGGGCUGUCCUGCCCGUCUCCCACUCCUGCCAUUCCCUAGGUAACAGCUGCAGGUGCAGCGGACACACCUGCCUCCCGCAUCACCACCUCUUCCUGCACCUCCCUCAGGAGGAGCCCCCGGCUGCAAUGGCAGCGGCUGCUGCUGCCCCGGUGACAGAUGUGAAACCAGAGGUCCGAUCCCAGGCCUGCAGCCCCACCAUGACCUGGGUCUCAGAGGAAGGAGGGGGAGAAGAGCUAAGCAUCAUCUCCCUGGCAACAACCGACAUCACCCCAGCCUACUCUGAACAACAACCGUUUCCUCCCUUCUUGUCUUCCUCCCCUCCUCCCCAGCUCUCCUACAACCUAGAACCGCUGCCUCCAGAUGGCCCAGUGGAGAUGACAAUAAAGCCAACAGUGGCCCAAACCUGCCAGCCCAAGCCUGUGUCAUUGUAUUCACUAGAGAGGCAAGGGAGCGUGACAGUGGUGGAGAAGGAGGAGGCUGUUGAAGUUGAAGGUGAAAUUGUUGUGGAAGGGGAAGGGGGGGAGGAGGGGGCUCCCCAGCGGAACUUCUGGAGCCGAUACUUCCUGGUGGACCUGUUGGCGGUGGCCAUGCCGGUAGUGCCGACAGUGGCCUGGCUGUGCCAUGGGGCCCCUCGGGAGGUCAUGCCUGUCUACCACAUUGGCUCUCUGCUACGGGGUUGCUGCGCUGUGGCCCUUCACUCUCUGCGACGCAGGGGAUGUGGCCGGGGCCAUGAACCCACAAGCAUGAAUGGGGCGACCGAUAUCUGACAACUUUACUCUUUAGCCCCCUGACUCCCCUCACAUUAACCAUGCAACCCCAACCUCUUACGAGCCACAGCCACGAAGGCAAUUAUACCGACUUUGAUUUGGACUUAAACUCCUAUUGCUUUUUAUUCUCCACCCACCACGUCUGAUUUGAGGAUGAACUUGAGAUUUACAUUAUCCGAUUGUAUUGCAGUUGACCUUUGUGAAUUUUGUUUAUUGGUUACAGCAGACAGGAAUUAGGCUAAUUGUAUAGUUCAAGCCUGUUUCUGUUAGAUUUGUAAUCAUACCUUACUAUCAAAGAAAAUCUAAUGCAAUAGUGAUUUGAUAGGGAAUGCAUGAGCCUGCUUAAAUGGACUUUUUGACACCAGUCUACAGUGUCUCCCGUAACUGUACAUUGCAUGUAACCCUGAGAAAUGUUCAGCCUUUUGCCAUUACCUCACUUUAAACAGACUUGCUACAUUUGAACCUUGAAGACUUUGAUGUAUGCUCCAUGAAUCUUCUAGUGUUGUCUUUGAAAUUGGGGUGAAUAUGGUUCAUCUGGUUAGAAACAUCAGCAACAUUUUAUUUUAAUUUCUAGAGCUAAGCGAAUGAGGGAUCUGAGUAGGAGUUCUAGUUGAAUGUCUUUGAAUUAUUUUUUCUCAAGAAAAUAGAGGAUAGAAAAAUACACGUUUGCACAACUACUGAGAGAUAGAGAAUCUAUUACAUUUCAGGGAUCCAAAGUUUUUCUGGUUUCAUUCAUUUUUAUUUAUAGUCCAAGGAUAAGAUAAACAUUCUGAAUAAGACUAGCACUGUCACUAUCCAUGCAAAUGCUGAAUGCCAGUGCAAGUCAUAAAAAAUGCUAGCUAGGUAUUUAUUGUUAAGGCACAUAUACAAUUUACUAAAUUUCGCAAUUUACAAUAUUAAGAAUAUGAUCAAUAGUUAGGCUAGAUAUUUGUUUCAAACAAUGCACUUUUUUCCCCACCUUUGGGACUAUACUGUACUACUUUAAGUUUGUAGUGGCUUUGCAUGUCAUCAAACAUUAACCAUGCCAGUCUUCUUUUGAGCCACAUCGUGCCGCUAAAGCUACAUUGACGACAAUUAUUCAAAUUCAGUAGUCAAUAUCAAUGAGAAAAAGCAAUGAUGGAAUGUCUUUACUUGGGUUGAUAAAGUGCACAAAAAGCUGUAGAAUGCAAAGUGUAAAUAGCUCUGGAUGUAUUUCCUCUUCCCUUUGAAAAUAAACUGAAAGUUGCCUUUG